UGCAAUCAUUUUCCAACCCCGCUGACGGUUAUAACUCAGAGCAGCGGCAUUGUACAUUAAUAGUGUGUUAGUAGUGGAUGUACUUACAAGACACAGAGCGCGUAGGCUCCUGUGACGCUCUCGCUAUCUCGCACCAAAAAGCUGCCAUCUCUGCCAGCCUUUGCCAGUAAUUCUUCAGCCGCUGCCCGACUCAGAUCCCGAUGAUACCAGGGCAAGGCCAUGUUACCGGCAGCUGCCAUCGCUCCGACACAUCCAGAUGUCAUGACCAGUUGGAAGGAGGGGAAAUACAAACGAAAAUAUAAAGUCUCUUUGUCCAAGACAGCGUUAUAACUCAGAGCCGGGCGCUGCCCAGCACAGGCUCGUAAUAAACAAGAGACACCAAGGAGAAGGCCCAAUAAUGCCAAGCGAAUAAAGUGUAAAACACAACCAAAAGUUCUGUAUAAAUAGAAAUGCAGGGACCCUCAGACGUGCAGGACCCAGGAUCCCAUUACUGCUAUAUCCUUCAGCACAUUAAUCGGAGACACGUCUCAACAAAUCCAAAACAGGAGCAGGGUCAGCAGGAUCACUUGUUUGUGUUCCCUUUGAUGUGUAGAACUUCAGAUUCCAUGAAGACACAUGGUAGGGUACAGCUGGUACGGUGCCCACAUUAAGGGCCAGAUCCCAACCAAGGAAUUCAAACCACUUCCUGUGCGCUCUGUCAGUGACUGGCACACACACUUGGUCAACUGGCACACAAUGGAUCAACUGGCACAAGAGGCACACAGAAUCAACUGGCACACAGAAUCAACUGGCACACAGAAUAAACUGGCACACACCGGAGGGAUCAACUGGCACACUGGAUCAACUGGCACAAGAGGCACACGGAAUCAACUGGCACACAGAAUAAACUGGCACACACUGGUACAGGAGGCACACAGAAUCAACUGGCACACACUGGUAAAGCAGGCACACAGAGGAUCAACUGGCACACACCGGAGGGAUCAACUGGCACACACUGGAUCAAUUGGCACAAGAGGCACAUGGAAUCAACUGGCACACAGAAUAAACUGGCACACACUGGUAAAGCAGGCACACCGAGGAUCAACUGGCACACACCGGAGGGAUCAACUGGCACACACUGGGUCAACUGACACAGAAUCAACUGUCGCGCAGAAAUGAACUCCUGGCACUCUCCUGCCCGCAAUCCUCGUGAAAGCUCCCAGUGCUGGAUGCCCCCUCGGGGUGCUGUGUUCUGGGCACCCUGGGGGUGAUUGCCUCUGAGUGCAGGCCAGUGGUUGCUGGAUGCCAACUGGGGGUGCUCUGUCCUGGGAACCCUUUUGUGAUUGCUGACCUCUGUCUGGCAGGUCAGUGGGUGAUUGGUGUCCCCUGGGGGUGGCAGUCUCUGAGUGCAGGUCAGUGGGUGCCCCCUGGGGGUGGCUGUCUCUGAGUGCAGGUCAGUGGGUGCCCCCUGGGGGUGGCAGUCUCUGAGUGCAGGUCAGUGGGUGCUGAGUGCCCCCUGGGGGUGGCAGUCUCUGAGUGCAGGUCAGUGGGUGCCCCCUGGGGGUGGCUGUCUCUGAGUGCAGGUCAGUGGGUGCUGAGUGCCCCCUGGGGGUGGCUGUCUCUGAGUGCAGGUCAGUGGGUGCUGAGUGCCCCCUGGGGGUGCUCUGUCUCUGAGUGCAGGUCAGUGGGUGCUGAGUGCCUGCUCUGUCUCUGAGUGCAGGUCAGUGGGUGCUGAGUGCCCCCUGGAGGUGCUCUGUCCUGGGCACAGGCUGGCAUGGAGUUGGUAGGGGCUGUGUCUGCCCCAUGUCUGAGCUGGGCUGUUUGUGGCUCUCUCUCUCUGUUUGAUCUGAAAGAGGAAACUCUGAGCUCGGUCUCUCC